AUGCCUGGCGAUGAUUUCCAAAGGACGUACAUGCAUAAUGGGCAGUUUGGGAGUGGCAUGGGUCAUGCAACUACCAGUGCCCCUGCUGCUGGUCCUGCUGCUGCUGGUGUUUCCACCGCUGCUGCUAAUGCUACUGCUGCUGCUGCUGCUGCUGCUGCUGCUGCUGCUGCUGCUGCUGCUGCUGCUGCUGCUGCUGCUGCUGCUGCUGCUGCUGCUGCUGCUGCUGCUGCUGCUGCUGCUGCUGCUGCUGUGUUUGUUCCAUCUGCCCAACCAGCCUCUACCUUUGCUGCUACCAGGCCUGCCAAUACUGGCGUUGUAGCUGGAGCAUCUGCCACUGAUAACCACGCUACUUCCAACUCUGGCAACCAAAUCAACGGCCAGAAUCCACCAGCAGCUGCUGGCAACGGCCAGGAUCGCACUGAUGGUACGCACAGCCCAGCAGGACAGGGGAGAGGCGGAAGAGGCAGGGGGGGGAGGAAAAGCACAGGGGGAGACAGCAGGGGCAGGGGUAGCCGAAGCAGCAGCAGGGAGGUGGACGGAUGGCAGAGGGAGAGGACGGGGAAGAGGGAGAGGGGGGUCGAGAGGCGGGACAAGAGGUGGGGCAAGAGGCGGGGCAAGAGGGGGGGCAAGUGGGGUAGAGGCGGAUGGAAUGGGAGUGGCAGGAGCAGGGGCGAGAGGGGCAAGGGGGGGAGCACGAGGGGGCAGAGGAAGGGGAAGAGGAGCCUUACAAAACGCGGCAGCACCUGCUCUGGCAUGGAGAGCAAGCAGGAGCGGGCGCUGGGAGGGACAACGCCCGAGCUGCGAUACCUGCUGGAUAUGACUGUGGGCAGUGAGAUGGUGAAUCACAUGCCAGUAUCGUGGGUGAAAUUCCUCUCCAGCUUGCCACUAGUGGAUGCCGAAGCGUACCUGCGCUCGCUUCCCCCGCUGCUGCCCCACCCUGCUGCUCCUGUCAGACCCAGGGGGGUCAGCAGCGCACAGGGUGCUGACGCACAUGCGGAUCAUGAAGGUGCUCUUCCUGCUGCCGCUGCAUCUGCACACAAGGGCAAGUCUUUAUCCUCCCCUUCUCCCCUUCUCCCAUCCCAUCUGUCCCUGCAACAGGGUGUGGCACAGGACCCGGGGGGGUCAGCAGCGCACAGAGUGCUGACCCAUGCACAAAUCAUGAAGCUGCUCUUCCUGCUGCCGCUGCUCAUUUGGAGGGCCACAAACCCCCCCUUCUCCCCUUGCGGGUUUCCCUUUCCCGCAAUGCAACAGGGCGUGGCACAGGACCCGGGGGGGUCAGCAGCGCACAGGGUGCUGACGCACAUGCGGGUCAUGAAGGUGCUCUUCCUGCUGCCGCUGCACCCGCACAAGCGCAAGGCCAUGCGCUGGUGCCAGCGCUUGUGCCAGCAGGGCAUCGUCGUGGGGCUCCGGCACUUCAAGUACCUCGCGCACAAGACAGACCGAGCACCCAAGACAGCGCACUUCCAUCCCAAGGCGUUCUUCCUCGCUCUCGACUCUGCCGCCUCCUGGGACCUGCAGCAGCCACACAUUUUCCACCCCUUCACCUCCGCGUGGGAUGCGCGGGCAGUGUUUGGAAACUUUGACAGCUGCCCUAAUGUGCCAAAGCUGGCCGCUCGCAUAGGGCUCAUCUUCUCACGCACCUACCCUAUGCUCGACGCCUGUACUAUCUCUCCUGCCGUGCUCCAAAUCGCUGACGACGAAACAUGUGAGGACGGCACCAAGUCCACGGACGGCAAUGGCAUGAUACUGGCUGCCCUCGUUCCGCCAAAGCACAUCUCCCGGGGAGAGGAGCUCGGAACCGACCAGGUACCCAUGCCGGUGAAAGAAGUGACUCAAUUCGAACAGGAGCGGGGCCUGCUGGGGGGAGGUGCUGCUGCUGGCGAUGGGGCAAUGGAGGGUGCAGAAGGUGGUGCAGAGGAGGGUGUGGAGGGGGGUGUGUUUGAAGGAAUUGGAGGGUCAGGCGGAGCGGGAAGAGAGGAGCAGUGGGGGGAAGGAGAGGAGGGAGAUGAUGGGUUGUUCUGGGAUAGUGCGAGCCUGGUUGCAACACAGAUAGAGCAAGAGAGGGGACUGGUGCAAGGGGGUAGGGGUGGGGGAUGGGGAGCAGGAGCAGGAGCAGGAGCAGGAGCAGUAGGAGGAGGAGGGGUAGGAGGAAGAGCAGCGGGGGAAAUUGGGGGAGGAGCACGUAGAAUAGCUGGAGGGGGAAUUCGGGGCGAGGGAGAGGAGGGGGCGGGGUAUGAAGGGGUGCGACCUGCAGUGUGGCAGAUGAGAGGGUUUCUUGGGGGGAUGGUGGUGAAGGGGACGUUGCUGGUGGUGCAGCAGGUGAGAUUGAGCGAGCACCAGAGCAGAGUGCUUUGUGCAGUGCAGCAGCAGUGUGCUCACACUCUCCCUCUUUCGCAUAGCGCAAGUUCUGGGGGAGAGCUAUCACAGUAUUGUGUCUUGUCCUCUGCUCACCCAUCUGACUGUGCACCCUUCAGAUGCCCAUCGUCCCUCCCUUCACAUCUUCAUGUCUGUUUCUCCGCUCCUCCGCUCGCUCCCAUCACCCCCUGGCAUGCCCCCUGUGUGCGGCCUUCAGAUGCUAUCGUACGUCCGUCCUGCUUCGAAGCAGCACGUUCACUGCUCAAAGUCACUGCUCCUCUGCCAGACCCAGCAGGCCGCACAAUAACAGCCUGCAUGCCCACUGCCCCCUGUCUGUCCCUCUGUGCCCUGCAGAUGCCAUCGUACGUCCGUCCUGGCGUGUGCAUCCUGCUCCGAACCAGCAUGGUUAAAGUCACUGCUCCUCUGCUAGACGCACCAAGCAACCUCGCAGCCCCGUCCACACCCAUGCUCCCGUCAUUGCAGCAGCCACACCAGACCCAUCAGUCGCAUCACAUGCAUCAGUCCCAUCACUUGCACCACGGCUCUGCCUCCUCUCCCGGGUCUCUGGGCUCAUCCCAAAGGCCCCACAGCAGCGUCUGUCCCCUCCCCAUGCCAUCACAGCUGCAGCAAGCAGGUUCACAGCCGCAGCAAGGAGGCACUGCCAGCGAGGCUCAACCGCACGGUGAUAGCGCUGCUGGAGAGGGGCGGGGUGCCCGCACACCUCUUCCACUACCCAUACCCCCCUCCAUACCACUCCCCAUAACCUUUCCCAUCCUUGCAUUUCCCCAAUCCCUCGUCUGCACCUCCCCCCCCCCCCAUACUAGGAAGGAGGCACUGCCAGCACGUCUCAACCGCACGGUGAUAGCGCUGCUGGAGAGGGGAGGGGUGCCCGCACACCUCUUUCUGGACCUCGUGCAUUGCAUCCCCAUCCCACUCCUCGAGGCACUGCCAGCACGUCUCAACCGCACGGUGAUAGCGCUGCUGGAGAGGGGAGGGGUGCCCGCACACCUCUUUCUGGACCUCGUGCGCUCCGCUGCUGCUGCUGCCUGUGCACCCGUCACAGAGCACAAGGCUGCCAUGAAACUGCUGCAGGAGAGCAUGCGGGGGCACAAGAGGGUGGUGGAUUUAAGGGACGUGCAGCUGGCAUGCCGCAUGCUGCUCUCCGCCGUGGACCUUCGGGAUGCCUUCAUUCAGCGCGUGCUGUGGCGCCUGCAGUACUCGCACAUCCAGGAAUUACGCCCCCCCCCUUUUGAUCUGAAAGGACUCCGUGUUGGCUGCAAGGCUCGUUCCAAAGUUGCUUCAUUGGAAGGGGGCUUCCAACACGGAGUUCUCACCUUCUCCCGUGUUGGCACCUAUGGUCUAGCGAGUGGCAAGGUGGAGGUGCCGCACUGCUACUGCCUCAUGGGGGUGGCAGAUCCCUCCAACACGCUCGCACCCAAUGAGAUUGUUGUACUCCUCCAUGACGGCCCAGUGUCAGGCCCGUGUCUGGUGUACCGCCCGCCCUCUCUCCUCGUGAGCAACAUCCGCCGCCUCUCCGCCGUGCACUCGCCCGCCGUGCUCUCCCUGCUGCCGCGCUCCUCCCGCUUCUGUGUUCUCUUCUCCACGCGGGGGCAGCGCUCUGUCACGGACUGCAUGGGCGGGGGGGACCUUGAUGGAGACAGGUUCCUUGUCAUCAUGCACCCCCAGAUUGUCAGCGCCUUUCACGAGCGUCCCCUGCCGCCUGCUUGCCCAUCGGCCUCGGAGCCUCUCCCCCCACUCCCGUGCGACCCUGCUGUGCGGGAGAGAGCGCUCAUCCGCUGCUGGCUGGAUGGGGAGCUGUACAACCGCUUCCACAUGGGCACGGCGGGCAACCUGCAUCUAGCACACAUGGACCACUGGGCCCUCAUAACCACUUCCACAUGGGCACGGCGGGCAACCUGCAUCUCGCACACAUGGACCACUCGCCCCUUACGUGCCACUCCCUUUCAUGACCGUUUGAACAAUCCCCAUAACCCCCCCACACCACCACCCCUCACCAGCUUCCACAUGGGCACAGCGGGCAACCUGCAUCUAGCGCACAUGGACCGCUCGCCUCUGGGCCCGGACUCUCCCCAGUGCUUGCAGCUCGCUGCACUCUACGAGCUUGCUCUUGACUCCGCCAAGACUGGCCACGUGGUGGAAGGUCUCGGGCGCUUCAAGGUGGAGAGCUACCCGCACUUCAUGCGCUCUUCGGCACGCACCUGCUACCACUCCACAUCGCUCAUCCUCCAUCCUCUAAUCCCAUCACCCCCAUGUGGCCCUCAGGUGGAGGGGCUGGGGCGGUUCAAGGUGGAGAGCUACCCGCACUUCAUGCGCUCUUCGGCACGCACCUGCUACCACUCCACAUCGCUCAUGGGGCAGAUGUUUGAUGCCGUGCAGGAGGAGCGGCGCAAACAUGUGGUAGACUCAGGUACCCACACCACCACAUAUGCAGGAGGAGCGGCGCAAACACGUGGUAGACUCAGACGCGGGCACUGCUCUGCUGGCCUCCAAGGACCCCAACAGCGCUGCCAGUCGGGAGAAGUGGGAGGGGCUGCUGGAGCAGUACGAGGUGCAGGUGCGCGACGUGGCGCGGUUACCCCAGACGCGGGCAUUGCCCUGCUCGCCUCCAAGGACCCUAACAGCGCUGCCAGUCGGGUCAAGUGGGAGGGGCUGCUGGGGCAGUACGAGGUGCAGGUGCGCGACGUGUGGGAGGGGCUGCUGGGGCAGUACGAGGUGCAGGUGCGCGACGUGGUGCGGCAGAGAACCACGCUGCUGGGAGGGGCUCGGAGAGCCAAGCUCGCUGCAAUCGAGAACAAGUUUCAGCAGGAGCUUGAGCAAGGAUGGACGCGGUCCUUUGAGCAGCCGUUCCGCCCGCUGCAUAUGCUGUAUGAAGCCGCAUCGCUGUACAUGGUGGGGUAUGAGACGGCACGGAGAGAAUUGGCAUUACAGGCCGAGUUACGAGCUGAUGCGUUGGCAGGCUGUGGGACUGGUGGAGAGGCUGGCGGGGAUGUUGAGAUGAUGACGAUUGGGACGACCGGGGAUGGUGAUGGAGCGGGUGAGGAUGAGUGGGGUGGUGCGGGAGGGGAUGAAGAUGAGGGUGGUGGAGAUAACGAGGGAGAUGAUGAUGAUGAUGAGGUGAUGGAGUAUGAUGAGGGGGAGGAUAUGGAAGAUGAGGACCUGGCUGAUUGCACAAAUAGGGCCACGCUCGCCUGCCGGUUUGUAUGGCAUGUUGGCGAAGAAGCUCUGUGUGAGGCCAAGUCCCGGUUGUGUCUAGUGAGUGGAAAUGGUGUUGGUGGGGGCUGGGGAUUGGAGAAUGGAGGGUACGAAGCGACAAUGGCUUCCACCACAUUUAUCGUUGGAGCCUCCGCUCUGGCGCCUGCGACCGCGCAAGUAAAACGCGGAAAGUCGCAGCGGCAACCACUCUCCCUCACCAAUACAUCCCCAGUCCCCAUCAGCAUUGCCUCGAAUCCCCAAAGCGCCAUUCUCCGUGCCGCUGCUCCCUCCUCCGGCCGCUCUUCUCUAGCUCCAUGCCAAGCGGCGAAGGAUGGAAAGUGGGGAGUUCAGCUGCCGUGGGAGAAGAAAAAGGACGAGGAGGAGGAGGUUCAAGAAAAGUCAAUUUUGGGAGUUAAACUUCCCUGGAAGCGCGAGGCUGUGGUGGAAGAGGAGGAAGAAGAAGAGGCUCCAGGCAAGUCAAUUCUGGGAGUUAAACUUCCCUGGAAGCGGGAGGUCGUGGUGGAAGAGGAAGAAGAAGAGCCGCAGAGCAAGACGAUUCUCGGACAACUGGGAACGAUGCGCUGGUCGUUUAACCCUAAGGAUGACAAGCAGCAGCAGGAGGAGGAGAAGGUAGAGGAGGAGAAGAGCAAAAACUCGUUCUUUGAUCAGAUCGGGACGAUGCGCUUGUCGCUGCAGCAGGCGACGGCGGAGGCUGAGGAGGAGGAGGAGGUGGUGGAGGAAGAGGAGGAAGACGAGAGCUCGUCGUUCUGGCAGCAGUGGUACGUCAGCAUCACGGGGUUCCCGUUCCCGCUGCGUCCCUUCCUCGGCCGCAAGACGUAUCGGUAUGAGGUGGACCGCAACAGCAUCUGGUGUUUCGAGCAGGAGCAAGGGCUGGGCUUCAGCAACGUCACCACUAACGUCAGAAUGACGGUUAUCAAGCUCAAGUCCGGCGGUCUCUUCGUCCACGCACCCAUUGCCCCCACUGCGGAGUGCCUUAAGCUUCUCAAGGAUUUGAACCUCCCCGUGGAGCACAUCGUGCUGCCCACCUUCGCGUACGAGCACAAGGUCUUCGCAGGCCCGUUCGCGCGCGCAUUCCCCAAGGCGCGCACGUGGGUGGCGCCCCGCCAGUGGAGCUGGCCAAUCAACCUCCCCCUGCCCUUCCUCGGGCUCUUCGGAGGGACGGUUUUGGCCGAGGACGGGCCCAAGCCGGACGAGUGGCCUGAGGAGAUCGAUUAUAAGAUCUUUGCGUCCCCUGAAGUUGGCAUCGGCCCAUACGUGGAGAUUGCAUUCUUCCACCGCCCCUCGCGCACGCUACUGCUCACAGACGCUGUGAUCGUGGUACCCAGGGAGCCUCCCCAGGUGGUGCGUCCUGAUGCGCUGCUAGACGCUGCGCGCAACGGCCUGGCAGUGCGCGUACUCUCCGCAGGGCGAGAUGUGCCGGACGUGGAGGUGGAGGAUACAGAGGAGUUCAGAACUCUCGGGUGGCAGCGCAUGGUGCUGCAGAUCCUCUUCUUUGGCCCGGGCAACCUGCUGGAGCCCGAGGAGUCCUUUGAGCGCAUCUGUGGCAAGCUCGUGGUCUCUCCCGUCGUCAAGACACUCGUCUUUGACAAAGUCCCUGCGCAGGCUCUAGCAUGGAUCAACAGCAUCACAUCCGAUUGGGCCUUCACCCGCAUCAUCCCAUGCCAUUUCUCCUCGCCCAUCGCCGCCACCCCGGCCGACCUACGAAAGACCUUUGCCUUCCUUCAAGACCUCCUACCCCCGGGCUCCUCCUCGCCAUUCCCUGUCAUUCCCUCACUACCGGCGAUGGCGUUCCCGAGCUUCGGAAGCUUGUUUGGAAGGGGGAAGGAGGCUGGGAAGAGAGUGGAGGUGGUUACAGACUCGUACGAAUCAGAAGCGCGCUCUCGCGCGUCUCCUCUUUCGCAGCGAAGUCCGCGCUAUCCCCCCCAAUUCCGCCUUUCUCCGCGUUCCGACACGGGUAAUCCGCUUUCCCCCAUGGCGGCGGGAUCGCGCGCCCUUUUUCUGGGGGUGGACGGCGGCGCAUCUUCCACCUCCGCCGUCCUCCUCGACCUCUCGCGCGCAAACGCCGCUGCGCCUGCGGAGGCGGAAGGAAUGGCGGAAGAAUUGGCGGAAGGCAUGGCGGAAGCUGGUGGACCGGCGGAGCUGACGGCAGAUGGUGCGCGCGACUGCGUGGUGGGGCGCGGAAACGGCGGAAGCUCGAAUAAGAACAGCGUGGGCGGUAAGGCGGAGCGGAUAUGGUGGGGGGUAUGGAGGCAUGGGGUUGGGGAAGGGGUGGGGCUUUGGGGGGGGGAGGGGUCGAAGGGAGGGAUGAGGGCCAGUGCGCGCAGUGCGCUGCAAGCAGCAAUGGAGGGGGCGCUGGGGGCGGCGGGGGUGGCAGCGGGGGAGGUGGCGGGGGUGUGUGUGGGGAUGGCGGGGGUUGAUAGACCCGCGGACAUGCAGCUGGUGCGCUCAUGGCUCAGCCCCAUAUUCCCCCACCUCCAGCCCUCCCGCCUGCUGAUCCGCAACGACGCUCUAGUCGCGUUCGCCAGUGCCACUCUCGGGGUCAUUCCCGCUGCCGCUGCCACCACCGCCACCGGCACUCUCCCGGACGAAAUCGAGGAGAGCAGGCGCAGAGGGAGAGGAGAGAGUAGGAGAGGAGCGGGGGGAGGAGGAAGCGGAGGAGCAGCGGCGGAAGGGAGUGUGGAUGGGUCGAGCGGCGGGGUGGUGGUAAUUUCUGGCACAGGCACGAUCGCGUAUGGGAUAGCAGCAGACGGGAGGGAGGCGCGGGCGUCAGGGGGAGGGCCGUUGCUGGGGGACAAGGGGAGCGGGUAUGCGAUGAGCUGUGAGGCGCUGGCGGCAGUGCUGCGUGCGUGGGACGGGCGCGGCCGCGUCACGGCUCUUACAGAGGCUGUGCUGGGGCAUGCGGGGCUGGGCAGUCCCAGCGAGCUUAUCAGUUGGGCCUACUCGGACCCGGCAUGGGCGCGCAUAGCAGCGCUCUUCCCCUGUGUGCGCACAUGUGCAUCAGCGGGCGAUGCAGCAGCCAUGGCUGUCAUCACAGAUGGAGUGGAGGAGAUGGCGCUCUCCGCUCAUGCUGUUGCCUGCCGACUCGGCUUCCCAGUCACAGCAGGCGGUGUGCUCACUGACAGCUCGCCGCCCAACAUCCCGCGCAUGUUUGACCACCAAAUCCGCAUGCUGCUGCCCUCUGCUGUAGUCAAGCCACCCCAGGUACGCUGA